GUUUCAGGGAUGACGUCCACAGAUGUUCUAUAUGAUCCAAAAAGGGAUCACCUUGAUACCAACGAUUCGAAUCAACUUGUGAUAGUUCCAGGAAAGAAGCGGAAGAAGGUCGAUGAUGGACCGAUUCCCAAGAAAAAGGAUGCUACUGGUGGUAAGAAAAGCAAAAAUUACGCUAAAGAAAGAGAAAAACAGAAGAUGACAAAGAAGAUGAAGCGGCAGUUGGCAGCAGUACAGCAGAGAAAAGCAAAUAAAUUGACGCAAGAGGAGCUUUUCGCCAGUUUGGCUGAAUACCAAGUGGAUACGAAAAAGCUGAAUCAACUCGGCUCAUCUACUCAUAUGCAAGAGAAAUUGAAAGGCGACGAUUCUUGCACCUUUCCCACUAGGAUUAAGUCAGUAUCGUCGAAAAUCAAGCUUCCCCCAACAGUCCACGAAAAAGAGCGUAAACAAGAAAACUACUACCCGACAGACGAUGAGAGUUCUGAGGAAGACAAGGAUGAAGGCGAUGAAAUCGAGGGCUGCCAAGCAUCGAUUUCCACUUCUCAGCCAGAAAAUGAGGUACCAGCCGAAACCAAUGAAGUGGCGGACAGCAACCAUGAAGUUGAAGAAAGUGUAGAGAAACCUGCUAUGUCAUCCGCUGACCAAAAUAAGACGAUUGUUACUGGCGAAACUGCAAAGCAACAAGAGCUAAGGGUCCCUCCAAAGGAAGUCAAAGUCGAAGCUGAGGAAGAGGUUUCGAAACCUGCCUUACCAGCGGUUCAGAGGAAACGGGUUUUGAUAGCUAGGGAUCCAAACAUGGAGGCUAAAAGAGCUCAGUUACCAAUCUACUCCGAAGAAGUACCAAUCAUGGAGACAAUAAACGAUAAUGUUGUGACUGUCAUCUGCGGUGAGACGGGCUCAGGAAAAACUACACAAAUUCCGCAAUUUCUGUAUGAAGCUGGAUAUGCUAACGACGGUCAGCUAAUUGGCAUAACGGAACCAAGACGUGUCGCAGCUAUGUCAAUGGCGCAGAGAGUUGGUGAGGAACUUAAUGCACCCGAUGAAGUCUCCUACCAGAUACGUUAUGAAGGAAAUCGCACCGAUAAGACCAGGAUAUUGUUUAUGACCGAUGGUGUGUUAAUGAAAGAAAUGGAGUCUGACAUAAUGCUGAAAAAGUACUCGGCGAUUCUCAUCGAUGAAGCGCAUGAAAGGUCCAUGUACAGCGAUGUUCUGAUAGGAAUGCUGAGUCGAAUAGCUCCACUGAGAGCCAAAACUGCUAACCCACUCAAGCUGAUCAUAAUGUCUGCCACUUUACGAUUGGAUGACUUCACGCACAAAAGAUUGUUCCCUAUAAUAGAACCUCAGGUCAUCAGUGUGGAAGCCAGACAGUUUCCAGUAACCGUACACUUCGAAAAACGCACUCCGGCUGACUACAUGGUGGCGUCUUUCAGAAAGAUAUGCAGAAUCCAUGAAGCCUUACCUGAUGGUGCCAUACUGGUUUUUGUUAGCGGUCAACAAGAAGUCAAGCAACUAGUCAAGAAGUUGGUUGCACGCUAUCCUGUUCACUAUGAGAAAAGCAAAGAUGGGGAGCUCAUGGUAAGAGGAGGCAAAAAAUGGAAAAAGAAACGUUUGAAAGAGGUGCAAGAUCUGAAGCUGGAGGAUUUUAAAGAGAAUCGGGUUGAACAGCUUGAUGGUGAAGACUUUUUGGAAACCGGUGUGGGAGACACCAUGUGGGAUGAUUACGAGGAGGGAGAAGAGGACGAAGAUAGUCGCUUGGAAACCCCCAUGGCAGCUCCACCAAACGACUGCGCACCUCUCUACUGCUUGCCUUUGUACUCACUGUUAUCAUCAGAGAAGCAGAGACGAGUGUUUGAGCCGCCACCAGAAGGAGCCAGAAUGUGUGUAAUAGCGACGAAUGUGGCAGAAACGUCACUGACCAUACCCGGUGUCAAGUAUGUCGUGGAUACUGGCUUCGAGAAGAGGAGACUUUACGAUCCAAUUACGGGUGUAUCCCAAUUUGUAGUAGCUCAUAUAAGUCAAGCAUCGGCUGAUCAGCGCGCUGGACGUGCUGGACGUAUUGCACCUGGUCAUGCAUACAGGCUCUACUCAUCUGCUGUUUUUGAGGAUUUCGAAAAGUUUUCUCGACCGGAAAUUCUAGAUAAGCCGGCAGAUCAACUUGUUCUUCAUUUGAAGUCCAUGAAUAUUGUCAAGGUCGUCAACUUCCCAUUUCCCUCAGCGCCUGAUCCAGAGACGUUAGAAGCUGCUGAAUUGCGUUUGGUAAAGUUGGGUGCAUUGGCGAAAACAACGAAAGAAGGAAAGACUGAGGCGCGGAUCACGUCAUUGGGUCGCACAUUAUCGGUGUUUCCAUUGGCACCAACUUACGCAAAAGUGAUAGCUAUGGCUAAUCAGCACAGUCUGAUGCCCUAUGCAAUUCUACUUAUAGCAGCGUUGUCAGUUCGAGAACCAAUGAUACCCAUUUCAUCUAUUCGAGGCGAGACUGACGAAGAGACGAAGGAAAAGAUGACGGAGGUGUUGAAAAUGAGGAGAAGCUGGUGUGGGAAGGGUCCUGGCCGGCGCCUUGGCGAUCUUUUGGUUCUGAUGCGGGCUGUGAAUUGCAGUGAAGCUGAAAAGAUGAGUCCAGCGGCAUGUUCAAAGUUAGGUCUUAGGCAUAAAGCCAUGUUAGAAAUUCGUCGACUUCGAAGGCAACUUACCAACAUAGUAAACACAUCUUUCAAAGCGGCCGCUGAUGUCGUUUUUGACCCAAACCUUUCGCCUCCAUCAGACACUCAAGCGCAAAUGUUAAGGCAAAUGAUGGUAGCUGGAUUAGCUGAUCGCAUCGCUAGACGUGUGGAUCGGUCCGCCGGUGAUGAAGAAGUGCCGAAAGGAGCAUACCAAACAAUGAAAUUGCAGGAAUAUGUAUUCAUCGAUCCGUGCAGUGUAAUCUACACUGAGGAGCCUGAUUACGUAAUUUACCAAGAAAUUGUCCAACUUGGUGAUCGUAAAUGCAUGCAAAAUCUCAUGAUGGUGGAUCACGAGUGGUUGACGCGACUAGCAGAACCUUAUUGUAAUUUUGCCCCUAUGGACAAAGAUCAGCUGCCUAGGUAUGACGCAGAAAAGGAUCAGAUAGUUAAGAGUGUUAAUGUAACUUUCGGGCCAUUAGAAUGGCAUCUUGAGCCUGUGGAUCGACCAGUGCCUAAUGAUAUCAUGUUGUACCGAUAUUUUGCACAAUUUCUAUUGGCUGGAGAGGUAAUGCCUCUACUGGCUGAAUAUGUGCCGAAAAUGCUAGCCCCUCCUACAACAAUGGUUAGGUCUUGGGCUAAGUUACAGAAGAGAACGGAGACUCUGCUCAAUGCUUUGAUUGAAAAGGAGGUUCACACAAAGGCGGAUCUGAUUGAAGCUUGGCACAAAGAUGAGAAUUAUCUGCUAGAAGAAUAUCUGGAGUGGUUGCCGGAGUCUUUGCAUGGAACUAUCACAGUCAUGUGGCCUCCACUCGAGCAGAAAACAGCAAAGAUGGAAUUGAGCCUACAUCAGCACCGAAAAUUCUCUCCUUACUGCGAAUAG